GCUAUAUCAUCAUAUCGCGAGAUCUCUUCACAAGACUAAUGCGAACGGAAAUAGCUUCUAUUUCUCUUUUCCGGCGGCCAUAGUGGAUUGAGUGGCUGGUCACCAUGAAGUUCAAUCCAUUUGUUUCCUCCGACCGCAGCAAGAACCGUAAGAGGCACUUCAAUGCCCCUUCCCAUGUGCGCAGGAAGAUCAUGUCAUCUCCUCUUUCCAAAGAACUGAGACAGAAAUACAAUGUCCGUUCUAUGCCCAUCCGCAAAGAUGACGAAGUGCAGGUUGUUCGGGGUCACUACAAAGGGCAACAGAUUGGUAAAGUAGUCCAGGUGUACAGAAAGAAAUAUGUCAUCUACAUUGAACGAGUGCAGCGUGAGAAGGCUAAUGGCACCACAGUCCAUGUCGGUAUUCACCCCAGCAAGGUGGUGAUUACAAGACUAAAACUGGACAAAGAUCGCAAGAAGAUCUUAGAACGCAAGGCCAAAUCUCGCCAAGUUGGCAAAGAGAAGGGCAAAUACAAGGAAGAAACUAUAGAGAAGAUGCAGGAGUAACACUCUAAAUAAAAAUGCUGUUAAAUUUCUACCAA